AUGUCGGCCGCUUCUUCGAACGCCGAGGCUCAGGACGCGUCCAAGUACUGGGUUGCUCCAGCAAGGAACUUCAGGACCUCUGCUCGAUUGCACUUACAGCACUUCCUCUUUCAAAACACUAUCGGCUUUCUCCUGGAACCGGCCGUGGGCAAGGCCGUGACAGCCUCAUCGCAGCCCUUGAAGAUUGCUGACCUCGCUUGUGGCAACGGCGUCUGGCUAACAGAGCUGCACUCCCAACUUGCGAAGAACAACAUCUCUGUUCAGCUAGACGGCUUUGACAUCAACCCCGUGAAUUUCCCAAACCCAGCCUUCCUACCAGCCUCAGUCAGUUUCCGUCAGCUUGAUAUUUUUGCCAAGCCACUUCCUGCGGAACUGCUCGGCGUCUAUGAUAUUGUUCACAUUCGAGCAUUUGGGAGCAUCAUUCUCGACUCAAACCUGGCACCGAUCUUGACAGCUGCCUUCGAGCUUCUGAAGCCCGGUGGCUUCAUUCAGUGGGAAGAGACUCGAGGCGAUAGGUGGAUCGUUGAGUCUCCUUCCGCACAGGUGUCCACGACGGCCUGCGACAGCAUUGUCCAGAUUCUCCUGGGCGGCAUGCAACAGAGGGGGAUUCAAAACGACUGGAUCGAUGCCCUUGACACACAUCUAAACCAAUUUGGCUUUCAGAAUGCUCGACUACUAGUGCAGGAAAAGAGGAAGCACGACUUCAAGGGCUGGACUGAAGAUUACCUGAUGGUGUGGGAGGAACUCGCCGACUAUUUCCCUUCAAAAGCGCAGGCGCCAGAUGUGUCAUUUUCGCGCGAGGCGUGGAUUAGCCUAUUUGCGAAUGCCGUCAAAGAGACCGAGGAAGGUGUUGUGGUGCACCAGGGACGAGUCAUAACUGCUGUCGGUCAGAAGCCUCUGUGA